AUAAGCCUUUCAAUCAAUGGUCAGUCGUUUAUCAGGUGGUAAAGGCACUGGGAGAAUGAUUAAACUUUUCUUUUUCCCUUUUGCAGUCGUUUUAGAAGGCUUAAAGAGAGCUGAUAACAUCCGUAUGGAAGUGUAAAACAUCAUUAUAGCCAAAGUUUUCAUCAGGACUGCUUGUACCUUGGUCACAAAAUCACGUAUGGUUAUAGGAGAGUCUUAAUUCUUUUUUACCCUGGACUGCAGAAAAUCGUCAGAGAUUUGUUGCCUUCGCAUUCUUUCUAGGGUAAGACUGCUUAACUCCCUUGAUGACAGAUCAAUAUACAGUUUGAUAUGACCGCCAAGCAGAUGCCUUUAUCACAAGAGGCUUUAGCUCAGUUCAAUCAGGCUUUAUCUGAGCACAAUUUGGGACAGUGCCCUCAUACAAGUUCCAUUUCCACUCACAGAAGUACCCAGUCCGUGAAUGUGCAUGCCAGCAAACAUCAUCUGCAGCAGAAGAACAUAGAUGGAAGAUCUCAUGUUCCUUCCAGAAGGAGCUCUAUUAUAAGUAAUGUCAAUGCAUCCUUUUCUCGCAAAGGCUCAAUGAUGCAAGGCAAAAGACAUUCCCUGAGCUGGAUGACCUCUGGUCAAGUCAGUUUCUCUGGGUUGCCUCUGUAUCAACCUAUCAGGGAAGUGAAGUGUGAAAAUACAUACAAAUCCCAGCCAGAUGAAGGCUGCAAGUUUGAUCCCUACAAGGUCCAGAAGGUCUUGGAGGGAACUCUGUCAAACUACUUGGGCAACAACAAAUAUAACCCUGUAACAUGUGUACAGCUAGUGCAGAGUUUGACAGACCAUAUCAGGUUGAAAAUGAAGGAUAUCAAUGUCCCUAGAUACAAGCUGGUGUGUAAUGUGGUGCUGGGCCAGCUCAAUGAUCAGGGAAUAUUAAUCGUGAGCCGCUGUCUGUGGGAUACAUCGACAGAUAAUUAUGCAACAGCUACUUUUAAAAACACUUCACUUUUUGCUGUUGCAACUGUGUAUGGGAUAUAUUUUGAAUAAAUAACAUAUCUGAAGUUAUACUGUUUGAUUAUAGCAAUCUAUUGACUUGCCUAAAGCCUAUAAUGUCAGUGGUGAUAGAUGAGAAUAUAUUUAAUUUUAUGAUAUAUUGUAAUAAUUGCAAUGCUGAAGUGACUUAAUAUUGCAUUACAACUGUUUUGUUACAUAAGAAGCAACUGAAUGGCACAACAAAUCACUGUUUGGCUUAGAUUGCUUACAAAGCUUUUGUUACAUCAUCUCAGCAACAGAGAGUAAACCGUGUUGAAUUUUUCUGAUCAUACUUUGAUUGUCCAAGUACAUGCUAAGAAAUAGUUUACAGAAUCUAUCAUUUUCCCAACAACUAGUCUGCAGUUUUUUUCUAACUUCUUCCUUCCUGGAAUGCUGUAGAGGUGUUACAUCCAUUAAUUUCCAAUCUGUUGGCACUGUUCUAGCAUCUAGAGAAUUUUGGGAAAAUUACAACCAGUGCAUCCAUUAUCUCUGCAGCUACCUCUUUUAAACCCCUUAGGAUACAGACAAGCAGGUGCUGCGGAUUUGUUGGCUUUUGGUUAAUUUCUCCAACACUUUUCUCCUCUGUUGAUAUCAAUUAUCUUAAAUUCCUUACACUUAUUAGGGCCUUUUUAGUGGCUGUGUCCCAGGGUUUCUAAAGUAUUCUAAACUCUCAGGCUUACAGCGAUUCUUUGCAAGAUCAUUGGUCUUCUCUUAAGCUAAUAUUUCAAAUUUCCUUGUAAAACACUGAUGUUUCUCAUUCAGCUUUUUAUAAAAUUUUAAUGGUAUAUAUUUCAAUGUACAUUUUGAUUGUUUCUUUAAAUGUUUGCCACCACAUA